AUGCCUUAUUCUCAUUCUGAUAUCAGUGGUAAACAGCCCACCUUCCUUUCGAACAGCAACCUCGCCAACAACACUCCUUUCAUCACCAAAAUUGAAGAGUAUCCUGGCGCAGGCACAGAAGAAACCGUGCAAGUGUCACAUCAGAUAAAGACCAAGCCGUUAGUCUCGCAGCGAUGCACAGAUCAGGCUCGGCCGCUCAAAGUCAUCUACAUUGGCGCAGGUAUCUCUGGCAUCUGUGGUGCUAUUGAGUUUUUGAAGCAGGUACCUGGGCUAGAAUUGGUUAUCUACGAGAAGAACCCUGAGCUUGGCGGGACUUGGUUCGAGAACAGAUACCCAGGGUGUGCAUGUGAUGUCCCGGCGCAUGCCUACCAAUUGACCUACGAAUCCUCCCCCAGGUGGAGCUCAUUCUUUGCCCAAGCGCCUGAGAUCCUACAGUAUUGGAAGGAUGUCGCUGCAAAGUAUAAUAUCAGAAACAACAUCCGUUUUGAGACGAAAUGCAUUGGCGCUCGUUGGGACGAGGAAACCAAAAAGUGGUACGUACAGGUCAAGAACCUCAAGACAGGCAUUGAGUCCGAAGACUCUGCCGACGUCCUUGUCACAGGAGAGGGAGUAUUGAACGAGUGGAAAUGGCCUGAUAUAGCUGGAAUAGACUCAUUCAAAGGCACCCUUCUCCAUAGCGCCAACUGGGACUCCCAAGUUAGCUUGAAGGACAAGUCCGUCGCUGUUAUCGGAGCCGGAAGCAGCGGACUUCAGAUCGUGCCCGCCAUAUUACCAGAUGUCAAGCACAUGGACCACUAUGUUCGAGGCCGUUCUUGGAUCGCAGGACUUUUCGGAGAUCCGAAGACCAGAGAUCGCAUCAAAGAAGCCGGUGGAAACUUCACGUAUACGGCAGAAGAGAUCAACAACUGGGAAACAAACCGUGAAUCGUACUUGGAGUACCGGCGGGCCAUCGAAUUCGACAUCAAUAAGAAAUUUGGCGUCCUUUUCAGCGGAUCCAAAGAACAAACCAACCUUCGCCAACUAGCACAAGAGUCCAUGAUUCAAAGACUCAAAGACAAGCCAGAGAUAUACAAUCAUCUGCAGCCCGACUUCUCUCCUUAUUGCAAGCGUAUGUCACCAGGCCCCGGCUAUCUCGAGGCUUUAUCGUCUCCUAAGGUGGACACCAUCACCACUGGCAUCACCAAGAUCGACGAGACUGGAAUCAUCACCACAGACGGCCAACAUCACCCUGUCGACGCUAUCAUCUGUGCCACUGGUUUCCAAACCUCUCCCGCGAACAGAAGCUUUCCUUUAUACGGUGUCGGUGGUGUCAACCUGCGAGAGCGUUUUCAGAAACGUCCUGAGACGUAUCUCAGCGUUUGCACAGAUGGCUUCCCCAACUUUUUCCAAUCCAUGGGCCCAAAUUCGAUGCCUGGUGCGGGAAGCCUUCUUCUAGUCAUCGAGAAAACAAAUCUCUUCAUUGGAAAGAUCAUAGCUCGAAUGGCGUAUGACAACAUCGUGCGAAUAGAACCCAAACGCAAGAUGGUUCAAGCCUUCACAAAUUACUGCGACGAAUUCUUCAAGAGCACUGUAUUCGCCGAGGAGUGCAACUCUUGGUACAAGACAUACGAGGUGGGUGCUUCUCGGGAGGACCAGAAGCGAGGCCGCGUGUCAGCUUUGUGGCCUGGUAGCAGUUUACACGCUGUGCGCACAAUGAGUAACCCUCGUUGGGAGGAUUUCGACUAUGAGUACUGUGACGAUGAUGAAUUCGGAUGGUUUGGAAAUGGGUGGACUUUGGCGGAGAAGUUUGUGACGGAUGAGUUGGAGUCGUUGACGUGGUAUCUCAAUGAUACAAAGAUUUUGGAUAAGGUAACGGGAACCCAAGGUUGA